GAUAUGAAACAAAAUUAGCUAAAACAAAACAAAACAAUGUCCUAAAAUCAAAAGUUACAAAUUUUGUUUGUUAAAAGAUUUGACUAUUUUACGAAUGCUUGUAUACAUAUUAAUAAUAUAGCUGCCUAAAAAGCUAAACAAAAUUUAUUUAGAGCUCUAGUUAAACUUUGAAAUUUAUAGCAAGCAAUUGCGAACAAUUCGCUUGCAAAUUUGAUAUUUUUGUGCUUUACAAUGAAAAGAAAAGUAUAAAUGUUUAUUAUUUGUAAUUGCAUUUGAACGCGCAAUCAAAAAACACACACACGCACACACACACAGAUAUAUUGUAACUACUUAUUGUUGCCACAUUGCAUAUUGUAUGUAUGUUUAUUUAUUUAUUCUAAGUUAUCUAACCACACACAAAAACACACACAAGAAAAUAUGCGUGCAAUAGUUCCCUAACCGCGGGUAUCAGUUAAACAGUUGUUAUUACAACUUCGUUUAUGGUUUUACUUAAUGUAUCUUGUAUGUUAUUUAACAAAUACACACGCGCGCGCCUAUACACACACCCACACAUAUACACACGUCCUAGCAAUAUAAUUGUUUAGUUUUAUUUUUAUGGUUUUGUACUAUAAUGCAGCCCUCUGCGGAAACUAAAUACCCACUAUUAAUUAUUUUACAAAAAUGCCAACAAAAUGUCAAUGUCCUUAACUACUUAAUGAAAUAAAAUAAUAAUAUUCGACGAUACGUUUUCAAUUCAAAUGUAAGCAGUGUGGCGCCAAACAGAUCGUUGUUAUGCCAAGUCUGGCAACAUUGUUAUGUAUGUAUGCUAAUGUUAACACUGCGCUGUCAGCCAACAGCUAUGUAAUGAAUUUGUGAAUGAUAUGUGCAAUAAUGUGGAUGACAGUUGCAUAUUUCACGCAAUUCAACAAGUUGGCACGUGCGCGCAAGUUUUGAUAAAUGUACAUAUAAAACAAUAACAGUAAGAAAACAAUGGAUGUAAACAUAAUAUUGAAGUUUAGGUAUGUAUUUAAUGUUCGCGAGGUACUAUAUUAUAGAAUUGUAAUAUUUUUAGUGACGGCGCAGAACUGCGCUAUGGUAACAAAAAACGCCGGCAACUUGCAUUGAUGGCGCACACAAAUGUAAUUAUUUAUUUUAAAAAGUGCAAGCAAGCGAGUGACAGCUGAGCAACAAUUUCUGCAUAUUCUGAAUUUAUUGUAAACAGCUGUUUGUUAUUAUGGCUUGUCCUUUGGAUUCUGGCGACCUGACAUUUACGCACUUGGUGCUAUUGUGCUAUUUAGAAAAUGAGCCGAAACCAUAGAUGUAUACAGAGUGCGCUAAAUUUAUUAUUUACGCAGUCUUUUAAGCCGUGGUGAAUAGCGAAUGGUUAACAUCGCACCAAGUCUGUUAAACUGUGUUGAAUAUCGAAUGGUUAACAUUUCGAAAUGAGCCAACAGCGCUGUUAGUCAUAUGUGGAUGAUACCUGCAAAAAGCGUGCUUGCAAAUUACAAACAAAUCAACAAGUCUACACGUGCUUUAAUAUUUUGUUAAAUUGUUAUAAAAAAACAACAUGGGCAGCGAGAAAACACCGGAUUUAAACAUAAUAUUGGAGUUCAGUGCUGGCGCAGAACUGCUGUUUGGAAACGUAAAACGCCGGCAACUUGCCUUGGAUGGCGCACAAAAAUGGACUAUUGGUAGCUUACUGAAGUGGAUGCAUGCUAACAUUUUAACUGAGCGAGCCGAGCUUUUCAUCCAAGGCGACACAGUGCGGCCUGGCAUUUUGGUAUUAAUCAACGAUACAGACUGGGAGCUAUUGGGCGAACUGGAGUAUGAGCUGCAACCAAACGACACUGUGCUAUUCAUAUCAACGCUUCAUGGCGGAUAAAAAAUCGGUAGCGGAAAAUAAGAACAAAAUAAGGAUAUUAUAAAUCAGAAUUACGUCCCUUUACCAAAGGCAAAGGCCCACAUGAGAGUUCGGGUUGUAAAAGGUUUCUUCAUUUUAAUGCCAGCGUUACGUGCUUAGCUCGCUAUUUAUUAUACACAGCUGCAGAAUACGUACUUGGGAAUUAUAAGCCAACAACAUUAUACAAGCAUUAUCAGCACUGUAAUGUAUGCGUUGCUUACUUAUUUAUUUUAAAUAUAUGUAUUUAGCGUUAAGUUCAUGUAAUUCUCAUUAAUAGAUUAUGUCCUUUCAAAGGAUAUUAUAUUUUAAGAUCCUACUUUUUAAUUAUCCUUCGAAGUAUAAACCCAUAAGCAGUUGCACUGUAUAUGCAAAAUUAAAUGCCAGAGUACGGUGUAGUUUAACCUGAAUUAGUGUCCUUAAGCAGCUGAAUAAAUUAGGAAAAAAAA